AUGCAACCUCAACCCAACACCACCGUGGAACGACCUUCUGACCAGGUUCUCAUAGACAGGAUUCAGCGCCUGAAGGCCCUCCUCAAGCAGGGAAGUUCCUGGGGGCCUGGAGAUGCUGAUUUAGACAAGAAGAAACAGCUCUUAAACGCGUCUGAUGCCGUCUAUGCUGCUAAGCGUGAAAAAUGGGUCAAGAAAAAGCAAUUGGGUUGCGCCAUAUCCAUCUGGUUCAAGUACCUGGCUUCAGAUAACGAUGCUCGCGCCGACGCCUCCAAAAUCAACUUGGACAUUUUGAAACAGGACAUUUUCACUGACCUUCAAGUUGAGGUAGUGAUUACUGCACCACCGCCCACUCCUUCGAGGUCGAUUGCGACCAACAAGAAGAGAACGGCAAGUCGGGACAUCGGGGCUGGGAGUGAAGGACAGACUGCAAAGAAACAGAGGGUUGACUCCUCGACAAAUGCAGCCAGGGAACAGAGGAGAAGGGAAUCCAAUGGAAGCGAUCAGGGAGGAAAAGGCGAGGAUAGGAGGCGGGAUCUGAGCCCCAUCGCAGAGGAGGAGGGAGGAGCUCUGGGUAACGACGCCCUCAAGAGGAAGGAAGGGCCGAGUGCGUUGACGGAACGGAAGAGGAAGAAGUCCAAGAAAGCCACCACUGCGGAGUUGACCGAGCAACCCGCCGUGGAGGAAUCUCCGUCCAGUUCCUCUCGUCCUCAGCCAAAAAGGAACCGCAAUGACCCACCGCCAGACCACACCCUAGCAUCCUCACCAUGCAAAAAUUGUCGAUCGAAGAGCAGGGAUAGGGAAUCUCCUUGCGGGCAGGGGGAAGGCGCCAACUCCAGCAAUGACGACGAUGACAAUGCCCCUACGUCGAGGAACGAAAAGGCCCCACCAACCACGACCCGCACCAACAUUCCUCAGUCCGCACGGACAGCAAGCCAGCUUGGCACACCCAACACCACCCUUCCGGGGUCCCAGAUCCUCUCAAACCCACCAACUCCUUCUGUUCCUCUCGACGGAGCCGCAGCUGAGCUGCCCCCACUGCCCCGACGUCCAAGACCGAUGCCGAGACCUAGGAAGCCAUCCUUCACAACAUCUGCUGCUACUGCAUUGCCAAACACUGGACCUUCCAUCGUGGAAUCAGCAAUCAAUAAUCUGAUCGUCCAAGCAACCGCCAGUACCCAGGAGUCAAACGCUGCGGAGUCUCACAACAUUCGUCAGAGCCGGUCUCUUCCAGCAGUUACCUUUCCUCUCGGGAGGAUUGAACUUGACAGCACCAACACCCCCCGCAAAUGGCCAGCCUUCCGGGUCUAA